CGUGACACACCCCUCUUUGUGACGUCACCCAAACAUGGCAGCCUACUUGAGCCGGUUGCACCAUAUUUCGCUUCACGUCUCAAACGUGGAUAAAGUUGCUCACGAGCUGGUGUCCCGGUUCCAGUUUAACGUGUUCGCGGCGCGACUGACAGACCGAGCGAAGCAGCUCGCGCUCCGCAGAGGAUCGGCCGUGUUCGUGGUCAAUGAGAGGCCAAGCGAGGCGCAGCGGAGGUUGAAUGAACGUCAGUCACGUGCCUGGAGUUCCGUCAGAGAGCGUCGGGAGUUGAACUGUCUGUACGGAGCCCAAGCGCACUAUCCGGUGGACACCGUGAGUAACGUGUGUUUCGAGGUGGAGGACGUGCAGCGGGCGAGCGCUGCGCUGCGGGAUCGGGGUGUGUGUGAGUUUCUCCAGCCGCCCACCGAGGUGACCGAUGACUGCGGCCGUGUCACCUUCUCCAUCAUCCGCUCGCCGGUAGGUAACGUGUGCCACACGCUCAUAGACCGCUCCCGGUACCGGGGGCUCUUCCUGCCGGGCUUCCAUCAGGUCCAGACGGACUCCGAGACCGCGGGGCGCGCGCAGUGUCCCAUCACGCACUUCGACCACAUCACCUUCGCGUGUCCCCGCAGCAGCACCGCUCACAUCACCCGCUGGUACCGAGACACCUUCGGCUUCCGGAGGUUCUUCAUUGACAGGAAUGAGGACGUGGAUGAGGGAUAUGUGCUGAACCACAACGGGAUCGGGCUGCGGCUGACGGCUAUGGAAUACUGGAAAUCCAGCGAGUCGGGAAUCACACUGCCCUUCAAAGAUGAAAAAGAGCCGGACUGCAAGUUUGUGAUCGCAGAGUCUCUUCCGGAGCAGGGUAGGAACCAGGUGGACACGUUUCUGGAUCAGCACCGGGGGGCAGGAAUCCAGCACAUUGGGCUCUACACCAAGGACAUCAUGAGAACGGCUCAGACUCUGAGUCUGUCUGGAGUGCAGUUCUUCUCUCCUCCGCCUGCGUACUACACUGAGGUGGGAAAGCAGGGCGAGAUCGUGGCGGCGGGUCACGACCCUCACACUCUGAGUCAGUACGGGAUUCUGCUGGACACUGACCUCCACACGGACAGACGGAUCUCAGACGGCCAGCGGUAUCUGCUCCAGGUGUUCACCAAGCCUAUUUUCGGAGAGGACACCUUCUUCCUGGAGCUGAUCGAGCGCAGAGGUGCCACGGGCUUCGGCGAGGGCAACAUCCGAGCGCUCUGGAGAUCCGUGCAGGCCUACAUGGAGAAGGAAGAGCAUCGGGAGAUGGAGCGCCAAGACAAAAAGAGCACACCGAGCUUAAUUUGAA